GCCGCCGCCGCUGCCGCCACCGCCACCGCCGCAGGGUGCUGUCUCUAUGGCGAGGAGGAGGAUGAGGAGCGCGAGCUCAGCAACACAAGUACAUAAGUAAAGGAUAAAGUAUUUUAUGAAGCACAUCUUCAAUCAAGUAUCACAUUUGAUGCUUGGCAUCUAGACUCCCUUGUGCCCUCACUAUGCCAGCAGCAACUGUAGAUCAUAGCCAAAGAAUUUGUGAAGUUUGGGCUUGCAACCUGGAUGAAGAGAUGAAGAAAAUUCGUCAAGUUAUCCGAAAAUAUAAUUACGUUGCUAUGGACACCGAGUUUCCAGGUGUGGUUGCAAGACCCAUUGGAGAAUUCAGAAGCAAUGCCGACUAUCAGUACCAACUGUUGCGGUGUAACGUAGACUUGUUAAAGAUAAUUCAGCUAGGACUGACGUUUAUGAAUGAGCAAGGGGAGUACCCUCCAGGAACUUCAACUUGGCAGUUUAAUUUUAAAUUUAAUUUGACGGAAGACAUGUAUGCCCAGGACUCCAUAGAGCUGCUAACAACAUCUGGUAUCCAGUUUAAAAAACAUGAGGAAGAAGGAAUUGAGACCCAGUACUUUGCAGAACUUCUUAUGACGUCAGGAGUGGUCCUCUGUGAAGGGGUCAAAUGGUUAUCAUUUCAUAGUGGUUAUGACUUUGGCUAUUUAAUCAAAAUCCUGACCAACUCUAACUUGCCUGAAGAAGAACUCGACUUCUUUGAGAUCCUUCGGUUGUUUUUUCCUGUCAUUUAUGAUGUGAAGUACCUCAUGAAGAGCUGCAAAAAUCUCAAAGGUGGAUUACAGGAAGUUGCUGAACAGUUAGAGCUGGAACGGAUAGGACCACAACAUCAGGCAGGAUCUGAUUCAUUGCUCACAGGAAUGGCCUUUUUCAAAAUGAGAGAAAUGUUCUUUGAAGAUCAUAUUGAUGAUGCCAAAUAUUGUGGUCAUUUGUAUGGCCUUGGUUCUGGUUCAUCCUAUGUCCAGAAUGGCACAGGGAAUGCAUAUGAAGAGGAAGCCAACAAGCAGUCAUGACAUGAACUAGUCCUUUCACUUUUAUUUUAUUCGAGCUACACACAUGCUUGUACAUAGGUUUUAUCUCUGGUUGACUCCCUUGAACAAUAGACAAUACCUUUUUUCCCCCUUUCAUAGCCUGUUUUAUUUUCUGCUUUUCAGUACUAAGUAUGACUGUUCUAUUUUCAGAUUUUAAUAAAUAGAAACACAUUCAGGUUAAAUUUGGCCUUAAUUUAAUAUACUUGUUAGCAAGCGUGUGUGACAGAGAGUGGGGAAAGCUGCUUCAUAUUGAAUAUUUUGAUAAACUUCACCUACUUGCGCUUGGUUUGUUUUCCCCCUUUCCUAAAUUAACUAGCACUGACUGUAAUUUAUUUCCCUGUGUCAUGUCUCUUUCUUCCAUUCUACAGGAGUUUUAGCUAUUCAAGAUUGUGGACCAUCAAUUUUGCACUUUAAAGAGUGAUUCUGACUCAAAUCCUCUGUUUUAUCAGAAAUUUGGUUUUUCUUGCUCUUAGCUGGGAAAAAUGACCAUCUGCCAACUUUAUACAGUAUUUGCUUGUUUUUGACCCACACAAUAUCGCACAUUAAUUGUGCAAACUGUCGAUUCAGCAAGACUAACAGAAAAAGACAAGAAACUACUGAGGAGCUUAGUAACUGCUGUUUCUGUCUGUAGUGUUUAAUCUUCCAAGCACAUCUAGUGUCUGUCAGUUUCUAAUUGGCAU